AUGUCGAUAUAUAGAGUCGAGGGAGGAGAGACGUACUAUACUCUUCCCAAUACACUAGAAGCGCCCAAAUAUGAGGGAGGUUUUCAAUCCUGUGAAAGGAUCUGGAACCCAAUCAAUGCCCAAUUCUCACCCUGUGCAAUCCCAUACAUUGCAGCUAUCCCAGCAGCAAUAGCAGUAGUAAUCCUGCUCGGUCUUAUCUUCCAGCUUCUUCCUCUCAGACAUGUGAGUCCAAGAUGGCUUCGAAGUUUUGCCCAAGAGCCAGAGCUGCUAUCGCAGCGAGUCAACUCCGUCCGGAAAAGAUAUCUGGGAUGGAAGACUAUUGCUCUAUUUGUAAUUUCCCUUGCUGGCCUUGGUUUCCAGACGUGGAGCGUAUUUUGCCACGAACUACAGCUGCUGAUGGUUUAUCCUGCCGCGGCAUGGGCUGUGGCUUGUCUUCUGCUUGUUAUAUACCGGCCUGCAAAGACACCAAAAGCGCUACUCACGCUGUACUGCAGUUUGGCCACCUCACAGCUCAUUAUCAUCGUUGAUGGAACUUCUCAAUUGAAGCCUCAUGGUAUCCCAGUCGCUCUUUCCAUCCUCUCAGCAUUGGGAGCAGUCAUCGUUGUUCUACUGAUGCCUCUUCGGCACCCCCUUCGCGAUAGCUCUGAUAUAAGUGUACCUUUUUCAGAACCCGCUUUCGAGCUGCGGAGCCCAGAAGACAACCUCUCAUUAUGGCAGUUCAUGAGCGUAUCUUGGAUGGCUCCGCUCAUCAAGAUGGGAAACAAGCGACAACUAAACGACGAAGACGUGUGGAGCUUGGGCUAUGAGUUCAAGCAUCGAAUGUUGCAUGACGAGUUCAGAGAAUUGCAGGGGUCAGUGCUGAGCAGGUUGAUCCAGGCCAAUGGAUUGGACUUGUUUAUCAUUUCAAUGCUGAGUAUCAUUGAGCUAGUGGCAAACUUCUCGGCACCUGUACUCUUACAGGAAAUUUUGCUGAGCAUGGAAUAUCAUGGCGCUCCUAGACGAGCGGCACUGAACUAUGCCUUGCUCUCCCUGGUCGUAAGACUGGUUUCGAGUCAAUCUGGCGUCUUUACGCUAUGGUAUGGACGGCGAACAUACGAAAGAUCGCGGGGAGAGUUGAUCACCAUGUUAUACGAGAAGACACUGUCACGCAAGGUGGUUAGCGUCAGCAGCAAGACGAAAGCCAUCAUCGAGGUCGAGCCGGAGAGCAUUCCGAAAGGAAGAGCGAGCCGUGCGGACCAAUCACUGCCAGAAAGGUUAAAGGAUAUCAUCCUGAAGCCUUAUCGAUGGAUGAGGGGUAAUUCCAAGAAGAAGGCAGACAAGUCGGAAGAUCUUGCAUCGAUGGGUAAAAUUAUGAAUCUGAUGAGGUUCGAUGCAUACGAGGUCGCUCAGCGCUUCUGGGAAUUCUCAUCCCUAGUCUCUCAACCCCUCAGUCUAGUUUUCGCAGUUGUUCUUAUUUGGAGAAUCCUUGGCUGGCCUUGCUUGAUCGGAGUCACCGCCGUUCUGUUCGCCCAAGUCAUCAAUGCCUUGAUCGCCAAAGCGGUCCUCUACUUUGAGAGGGAACGCCGCGUAGCAACAGAUACCAAGCUCCACAAGAUCUCACAGCUGGUCGAUGCCAUUCGUCAUCUCCGAUACUACGGGUGGCAAGAUGUGUGGCUGACAAGGAUUAUGAAAGCCAGACAAAAUGAGUUAAGGCUUCGCGUUAUCACUGCUCUGUGGCGAGUCGUAAUCUCGUUUACAAAUGAGUUCGCCAGUGGACUAUUUCCCGUUAUGGCAUUCUGGGCAUACACAGUUCUGUCCGGGAAGUCUUUGAGAGUUGAUGUUGCUUUUCCAGCCCUGCAACUUUUCAGCAUGCUCGAGUCUAGCUUGAGAGAGGUGCCAAACUUGAUCACUGUACUCUUGAAUGCAAGAGUCUCCAUCGGACGUUUGGAGGAGUUCAUGAACGAACCAGACAAAGAAGAAGCAACCUUUACCCCAAGCACCAAGAUCGAAAUGAAGCAUGCAUCUUUCGCUUGGCCAGGAGCCCAGGAGCCAGUCCUGUGCGACAUCAAUCUUUCAUUUUCAUCAGGCCUGACCGUCAUUUGCGGAGAAGUUGGCGCAGGAAAAACGGCACUUCUCCAAGCAUUAUUGGGUGAGCUUGAUCAGCUUGAUGGAGAAUACCAUCGUACCAAUGAGAUGGUCGGCUACUGCGGACAGACACCGUGGCUACAGAGUAUGAGUAUCAGGGAGAAUAUUCUCUUCUCAGCACCCUACGAAGAAGCCCGUUACAAGCAAGUCUUGGAAGCUUGUGCUCUGAUCCCAGACAUGGCGAACUUCAAGCAUGGCGAUCUCUCUAUGAUUGGAGAGAACGGUAUUGGACUAUCGGGGGGCCAAAAAGCCCGCGUAUCUCUGGCACGAGCUGUCUACUCAAGAGCCAAUGUUCUGCUCCUCGAUGACCCUCUCUCAGCACUUGAUCACCAGACAGCUGAAUAUAUCGUCCGAAAGUGUUUAGCUGGUCCGCUAUUGAAAGGUCGGACUACAAUUCUGGUUACGCAUCGAACAGAACUAUGCAUCGGGAUGGCAGCACAAGCCAUCCAGAUGACAGACGGCCGGGCGACACUUCUUGAUCCCAAAACUAUCCCGUUCGCGGAUCUGCACCGUGUGAAGUCUUCUGACUCGGCAAUUGAAGAUAAGGGAAACGAGGGGCCGAACCAAGCAGCAGUCCCUGACAAGUUUAUCGAAGACGAAUAUCGAGCUCACGGAGGCGUCCAGGCUUCGGUCUACUGGGAAUAUAUCAAAGCCGGGAAGCUGAAAUGGUGGUUCGUCCUCAUUUGUCUUCUCGUGGUAGGUCGAGUUGUGGAGAUCGGCAAGACCUGGUUCCUGAAGCAAUGGGGGGAAGCUUACGGAGAUCCAAUCGAGCAAGUUUCAGGAGAACCGCUUGGAGACCUGCCGUCUCCUGAGAAUGACAUUAAGCCUUGGCUCGUGGGGUUCUUCAUCGUCGCCGUGGCCCAGUCUGUUGCCUAUGCAAUCACGAACGGAUUUAUGAUCGUCAUUAUUUACAAGGCUGGGAAGGACUUGUUCGAGAGAGUCAUGACCAAAGUCACUCAUGCCACUUUCCGCUUCUACGAUGUCACUCCUGUCGGACGACUCAUGAACCGUCUCACUUCCGACAUCAACACCGUGGAUGGAAAUAUCAGUGCCCAGUUCCAAUACGUCGCUCUCCUAUCCAUAUCUUGGGUCUCGUCGGUCGUCGUCAUUGGUUCUGUCACUCCGCUGUUCCUCAUCUUCGCAGUUGCUCUCACAAUUGCGUUCGUAAUCAUAUUCAGGCAUUUCCUCCCAACGUCUCAAAGCCUUCGUCGCCUCGAGAUGGUCUCCCUUACCCCGCUCAUCUCCAACUUUGGGGCUCUCACCGAUGGAUUGACGACCAUCCGAGCCUUCGCAGCAUCGUCUCGAUUUCAGGAUCGCGUGAUCAUGGUCACAGAUAACUUCCAGAAGAUGGACCACUUCUACUGGAGUCUUCAGGCCUGGCUGAUGUAUCGUUUCGACACGCUAUCAGCCGGCUCGACUUUCAUGCUCACAGUCUUAGCACUGUACACGGAUGUCUCAGCAGGCCUUACAGCCUUCGUCCUCACCGCCGCAGCAACAUUCGUUCGUUCAACUCAUGCUCUAUGCAGACAGUACGGCCAACUACAAAUGGACUUCGUCGCCGUCGAGCGUGUCGUCGAGCUCCUCCACCUCGAGCAAGAACCUCCCGGAAAGAUCGCCCCGCCCGCAUCGUGGCCCUUAUACGGCAGUGACAUCGUCUUUGAGGAUGUCACAAUCCAAUAUGCACCGCACCUGGACCCGGCUCUCUCCAACAUCUCGCUCACUAUCAAAGGAGGCUGCACCACUGCCCUGAUCGGCCGCACCGGGUCCGGAAAGAGUACUCUCGCACUGGCACUUCUCGCCACCACUCUCCCCAUCACGGGGCGAAUUUUGAUCGACGGCAUCGACAUCUCCACCGUCGAGCUGCAGGCCCUCCGGAAGCGCGUCACCUUCCUCGCCCAAGAACCCGUCCUCUUCCCCGGCACCAUGCGGCAGAACCUCGACCCGCUGGAGGAAUACAGCGACGUGGAGUGCUCCACCGUGCUCUCGAAGAUCGCAUCCCGUCACGAAUGGACCCUCGACGCGCACAUCGAUACCGGGGGAAAGAACCUGUCGCAAGGACAGAGACAGCUCGUCGGGCUGGCGCGAGCGCUGCUGCGGCGGAGUCCGAUUGUGGUGAUGGAUGAGGCGACGGCGAGUAUCGAUCGCGAGACGGCGAUGAGGAUCCAGCGGAUCUUGCGGGAGGAGAUGCGGGAGAGUACCGUGGUCACGAUUGCGCACCGGGUUGAGGCGGUGAGUGCGGCGAAAUACUGCGUUGUGCUUGCGAAGGGGAAGGUUGUUGAGGAGGGACCGGCUGGGGAGGUUCGGGGGCUGGCAUGA